AUGUCGUUGAAAACCCAUCACGAGAAGUCUGCAUUAAUUAUGAUGGGUAUUGUAAUAGGAGUUUUUCUUGUUUGCUAUGGUAUGUAUCUACGUUGUGGUUUUCAAAUACUAUCCUCAUCACGAUGUAAUGAUAAAAACUACAAAAUUCCUUUCUUGGCUUUAAACUCAGCAAUUAACCCGCUGGCUUAUGCCUUUUUCAAAAGAGACAUCAAGAAAGAGUUAAAAAGACUCGUCGGCGCUGUGUUUUAAGGAAAAUAACAAAGUUAACUUAAGCCUACUACUUGAAGUGCGUAACUCAUUCUUGUAGAAUGUAGGUCUUAUAUGAACGAGUGUGAAAGGUUUCAGCUACGACUGAUAAAUCUGUGACGCUUGGACUCAAAGCGAAUUGAAAUUUGGAAAAAAUGGCGCAUUGGAGAGAAAACAAUUUCUUUGGGCCCUAACAGAAUACAAAAUACAAGGGAAAGGACUUAGGAUCAAGGUUCACAGUGAUGCGAGACACAAGUUCUUGUUGGAUGGAUCUUUUUACGAGAUUCACAUAAUUUUGUAAUCACACCCUGCUAGCAAAGCCUUUGCUUCACUUGCUUGAUUUUGGCAUACUCGAGGAAGACUCUGCAUCAAUCGAGUAACAAAGAUAGCGAAAGCAUGUGCUGCUUAGAUACAGUUUCGAACCAAGGCUUAAAAGCCGUGCACUUUAAACAGAGGGCUCAUCGAUCGGUUAUGACCAUCGGUUUAUCAAUCUGAAACGGACACUCGAAGUCUGAAUACCAGUUUGACAAGAGAAAACAAAAUCAUUCUUUGCAAAGCUGUUUCUUUCAAAAAUAAUUUUUUGGUGAAUUAACACUAGUCUUCCGGCUCCUCAGUAUUUGACCGAAAUCUUAAGCGACUUGAUUAAACUUUCUCUCAGUUUCAAGACAAAAACAUAACUGCGAGGUAAAAAAACAUAGUCACGUAGACAUUUACGCGUACUGCUUCGAGCGCACGCUAUGAUAAUGAAAAUUUAAGGUAACUGCUGCAUUGAUAGCUUUGAUAAUGUUAUAAAACAAUUAGUUCAUGAUUCAGCUGUGCGUAUGUCGAUAUAUAUAUAUAUUGAGCACUUGGAAAGUUUGCUGCGCCUCGAGCAACUCUUACACGUCUUACGAGCUCUCCAAACUUCCUGCGUGCUCAAUAUCUCUACAUACGCACGCUGACGCAUGAACUAAUUGUUAAAUUGUCAUCCGUGGUGUUUUAUAGUCUUGGGCAGUAAUUAGUACUGGCUAUUGCAUUUUCUUCGCAAAACGUGCCAGACAUUUUCCGCUAUUUUGUUAAAUUGUUUGUGUAAUUGUGUAAAUUAUCGCAAACAGUUGUCCUCUUUAUUGUUCAAGAGCUGGAGAGAAUCAACAUAAAAUCGUCAAAAGUCUAAACUAUAAAAUAACUAGCAGGCUUUUAGUUGAAGGAGAAACGAAAAAUGCAUUUUUUAUUACAGCUAUCAAAAUUUGUCAUACUCGUAUUCGCCCCACUCAAACGAGCGAAAAUAUUUUUUCUAUGGAUUCUUUGAAAUUUGUGAUAAAGGAACUCGGUGAACAACCUAACCCCCGCGGGGGGUACUGCCAGGUGGGAUAUAUAAUGUGACGUUUUAUGGGGUACGGUUUUCAAGCAUGCAGUUAAGUCUGGGAUUGGGUAUAGAAAUCAGAGAACAACUCUUGUAUAUGGAGGGAUUUGGGGAGUUUAGUUUAGUAUAGUGCAGCAAAAUUCAGCUGAACCAGGAGUAUAGGCUAGGUUUUCCAGGGUCUCAGCGGCACAUUUCCACCGAAAAGAUUAAUUGGCCAAUUAUUACAUAUAUACUUAAGACGAUUAAAAGAACAAAGAGUGCGUUACUUUUCACCCAAGUGGCCAGCAACUGUGCAAAUUUAUUGGAACAAAAGAGAACGUUUUAGUUAGACAAGAGUUCAACUCUCACAGGGUUGGUUGGAAUACCACCAUGGACGCCGUUUCUAUUUUUUUGAAACACCGUUAUGGCCGCCAUGACGUCAUGUGAAAACGCUCCGUGACGUGACCCUAAUAUUUAAGCAAGAUGUUGGUUAUAUUCUACAGUUGAUCAAAACUUCCUUUAACUUCUAAGAUGGAGACCUGGUUUUGGAUUUUUGGCUGGUUUCUUUCAUUUUUAACCAUCAUUGGAAAUGGAUUUACAAUCUUUCUCGUUUGCAGCAGACGAAAUCUCCGCACCAAAACAAACGCGUUUAUUGUUUCACUUGCCGUGGCGGAUUUCUGUGUUGGUUUGGGCGUUAUUCCUUCAAUGUUCUUGUGCGACAUUACAAACACCUGCCACUGGCCUCUCGGUUUGAUGUCUUGGGUGACUUUCGUACGGUUGCUGCUUAGUAACACGUCUGUUGUAAACUUAUGCAGCUUAGUACUGGAUCGUUUUAUUGCCAUCGUCCAUCCUCUAAAAUACAUCACUUUGAUGACUCGCCGUCGAAUUACUCAAGUUAUUUUCUUCUCUUGGGUUCUAACAGUUAGUUUUAAUGCGCUAAAAGUUAUCUAUUAUGUGUUUUAUUUCAAAACAAUGGAUGUCCUGUUUAUAUGGCUAAAUCUAAUUUGCUUCGAGUUCCUUCCAGCUGUUGUAUUAAUACUCUGCUUUGUAUCAAUGAUAUUUCACGUACGCAGGCAUGAUCGGUCAGCACGCAUCGUAGAAAAACAGUUACGUUUUAACCAUCACACCGUAAUUUUUAGGGAGUUAUAACUCCAAAAAUGGAGUAAAAAUUUUAGGUACAGGAUAACCCCUUUUUUGGGGUUAUUUUAACUCCUAAUUUAACUCCGAAUUUGGGGUCAUUUUUACUCCUGAAAAAGAGUUCUUUUUACUCCCAGUCUUGGAGUUAAAAUUACUCCGAAAUGGGGUUACUUGUACUCCUUACAGGGGUUGUUUUCACUCUUUUUGGAGUUAAUUUAACUCUGAAAGUGGAGUAAAAAUUUUAGGUACAGGAUAACUCCUUUUUUGGGGUUAUUUUAACUCCUCAAAAUCUGUGGUCACUUUUACUCCUGAAAAAGAGUUCUUUAAACUCCUUUUUGGAGUUAAAAUAACUCCACGAAAAAUAACUCCACUGUAAGGAGUUAAAUUAGCCCCACUAGAGGAGUUAUUAUAACUCCCUGAAAAUUACAGUGCAGGUGUCGUUUAAAACCCACUACGAGAAGUCUGCAGUAAUAAUGAUGGGUCUUGUGAUAGGAGUGUUUCUUGUUUGCUAUGGUAUGUAUCUACGUUGUAGUUUUCUAAUACUAUCCUCAUCACGAUGUAAUGAUGAAAACACAAAAUUCUUUUCUUGGUUUUAA